AUACCACAGCAUUACGAUAUUCCGUCACAUCGAAAGUCAAUCCACCAAGUUGAAGAAAUACAACGAACCUGGCACCAUAUCAAUUCAAGUCUCGACGUCUUACUUGACUAUCCAAUAACUACAAUAAACGAUGAGCUAAAGUCCAAAGUAAUACGCAGGUCUAAUGUGGUUUCGUUACCGUAUGACAGUGUUGCAAAACUGAGCAAGACAAUUUUGGUUAGGUUGAACAAUUAUAACGACACAUUAUUUGACAGUGGAGACUUGUUGAAUGUGAAACUAUGCUGGCCAGCAACGCAUCCCUAUGACUUUAAAUUAUCUCACGAGUACAUCAAGACGAAAGAGUUGACCAGUGAUGAAGCUCUAGCUGUUGAUCCAACUCAAUUGGAUUUGUACAUUCGGAUCGAUUAUCAAUUUUUUGGGAUUUCUUACAACGAUGAAAAGUUUUUGAGUACACAAGAUGAAGUCAAAUUUCAGUUGUAUGUUAAUAAGCUCCCAGUCAAGUUGAUUCCGAUACCGUUGGAACUAUAUGACUUUGUGGUGUAUUUGGUUGAUCUACUCAUUUUGAUACUUACUCAAUUCAAUUUCCUCAAGUGGAUUCUACUUUAG